GCGGCUGCUGCACAAAGACAGACGGAGAGAGGGGCAGAUAGAUGAACAACAAUUUAUAAGACACUUGUUAAAUUUUGGCUCCCUGAAGUAUUUUUAAAAAUUUGAUAAGUAAGUUUUCAAGUUUUAUAUUCAGUAAUAUUUAGUAGAGGGCCCUUUCAGUGAAAAAAUGACACGUCUGCUUUGCAUCACAAUACUCAUGAUGGUUGUGGCUGCCAGUGCAUACAGCCAGGAGACGACCCCUUCUGUAACAGUUAAGAUUUUUGCUGAGCUAGGCUCCAACGUCACCCUGCCCUGCCGGCUCAUUUCCAAGGAGGCAUCAUCCUUUAACAUCGGUAUCCGAGUCAAGUGGACCAAGGUGGCCGAAGACGAGUCCUUGAAUGAGGACGUGCUGCUUUCAAUGGGAUUCCACAAGAAGACCUACGGCAGCUUCCAAGACCGCGCCUACCUGCAGGAGAACGACAACGAAGAUGCCUCCUUGGUGAUAACUGAAGUUUCCAAGGAUGACACGGGAAAGUACCGCUGCGAGAUCAUCAACGGGAUGGAAGACAUCGUGCAGGAGUUUGAAUUGGAAGUUAAAGAUGGCGAAGUUGAUGGUGUUGUGUUCCCAUACGCCCCAUAUAUGGGCCGUUACAACAUGAACUACCACGAAGCUGUUCAGGCCUGUUUGGACCAAGGUGCUGUUAUUGCCACCUAUGAGCAGCUGUACGAAGCCUGGAAGGACGGUCUGGACUGGUGCAAUGCUGGCUGGCUGGCUGAUGCCUCAGUGAAGUAUCCAAUCACCAGACCUAGAGAUCCUUGUGGUGGCGCCAACAGUGAGCCUGGUGUCAGAACCUAUGGCAUCCGUGACAAAAUGAUUAGCCAAUUUGAUGUGUUCUGCUACGCUACUCCACUCAAGGGACGUUUCUAUUGGCUGGUCCAACCCGACAGGCUGACCUUCGACGAGGCUGUGCAGGCAUGCAUUGAUGACGGUGCAGAGAUUGCCAAGGUGGGCCACAUGUACGCUGCCUGGAAAAUUGAGAACUACGACCGCUGUGAUGCUGGAUGGCUGGCUGAUGGAAGCGUCCGCUACCCCAUCUCCAGGCCUCGCAAAAACUGCAGCCCGACAGAAGCUGCUGUGCGCUUGAAUGGAUUCCCCGACAAGACUGUCAAGUCUUUUGGCGUCUACUGCUACAAAGAUGAGCAGUGAGAGGGUACAUAGAAGUAGGGAAACCAUAACCACCAAAGAGCUGCAGCAACCACAUCCAUUAACAUCCACUAUAAAGCAUAUGAGCUUUGGAUCAUAACUAGCAUGAACUCAGUACCUUUCUGAAACUGUGAUAACCAUUUUUUAACUCCUAAAAUGCCAAUACUGUACGUCCAAACGCAAUGGAUGAAAAUUAUUUUAUAGUCAUUAAGUUUUGUUUUUCUGCAACUGUGCAUCUAAUGAUUUUUAAAAGACUGUUGAGGGAAAGGCAACAGUGUCAGCAUACGAGAGAAACGACAGAGACAAGAACUAGAUGGUUGUUGAGGAUCAUCUAAGUUUGGUUUGUCCACAGAAUGAUUAGAUUGGUGACGUUUGAAGCAUUUUUGCUCAUGUGCAGAUAAAAUUUGCUGCUUUAAAAUAAGAGUCACAAGCAAAACUUGGCUCCUACUGUUGAGCAAUGGAUAGAAAACGUGUUACACUGCAAUAAGUAGUCAACUAGAUCCAUUUCCCAUCAGAGCAGAAUUUAUUCUUUUCACUUCUUGAACUGUAGAAAGUUUGUACAACAUGAGUAGUUGUGAUCAAAUUUACUGAUUAACAAGAAAAUGAAUGUAAAUGUCUUAUUGGGCUGUGACUUUUUCAGAAUCAAUAGCUACCAUAGUUCAAAACCCAAUACACUAUGAAAGACAUUCUUACUUUUGUAACCUUUUGCAGUAUGUUUGAAUAACUUUUUUUUUUUUACUUAUAGACAAUGUCACUUGUUUUUCUACUUGCUAAUAUUUUUUGUUUUUAAUAAAACAGAUGCAAUUUAUAUUUUCUUGUGAGAAAAAGUUAGAGAAAACCAAUAGUGGGCACAUACAAAACAGCAACACAUCUGGAUGUUAGCACAGAUCUCCUGAAAACAGCCUUUUAAGAAGGUAUACCCAUUUUUCCUGAGGCAUUCUUUUCUUCUUUUGAAGGCCAGAGCAACGCUAACAAUCAAUCACAUUUCUGAAUUUAAUGAUAGAAAUGGAUUUCAAUACAUUUUCAUUAAAAGGAUCAAAACCACUCAAGAGAGACAGAUCUGGUCAAUAAGAUGUGUGCUUCAACCAGAGAAGACACUUUUAAGGUAUUAGUUACAAUUAAAAAUGUAACAUUGUCCUAUUUUUAACCUUUUCUUAACCCUGGGCACU